GACCCUUUUUUUCUCUCGCAAGGCAAGCAGCAAAAACCAGAGAUGGUGUUUUCUUGAGGCUGAGGAUCAAAAAUGGCUUUUAGAUUAUCAACAAAAUGCAGUCUCACCUCCUCCGUUAGCUACCGUUUCUUUCCUUCCACUUCCCUCCGUUUCCUCUCAUCUCCUUCCCUCAACCUUCCCAAACUAGAACCCUCAAAUGAAGCCGACACCCUUUCCCAAAUCCUCCUCGCCCACCACAACCCUUUCCACUUCAUGGAAUCUUCCCUCCAAAUCCAUGGCGUCUCCCUUACCCCCUUCCUUCUCCACCAGACUCUCCUCCGCCUCCAACACUCUUCCAAAAUUGCCCUCUCCUUUUUCCACUUUUCCAAAUCCCUCCCUCCUUCUCCCUCUCCUCUCCUCUCCACAUCCUCCUACAACCUCAUCAUCGACAUUCUCGGCAAGGUCCGCCAAUUCGACGUCGUUUGGCAGCUCAUCCUCGAAAUGGACCAAUCCGACGUUUCUCCCGAUCCCUCCACUUUCAUGAUUUUAAUCCGUCGCUUAAUCGCCGCUGGCUUUACCCGUCAAGCCAUUCGCGCUUACGAUGAUAUUGGGUGUUUCGUUACUGCUGGCACCGACACCGACAGUCAAAACGAAUCGUUUUGCUUCUGUUUCCUUCUCGAUACACUCUGUAAAUACGGCUACGUGAAGGUGGCGGUUGACGAUUUUAACAAAAGGAAAUCUGGGUUUCGUGUUGAUUCGAAAAUGUACACGAUUUUAAUAAGCGGGUGGUGCAAGAUAGGCAGAAUCGAUAAGGCAGAGAGGUUUUUAAAGGAGAUGAUAGAAAGAGGAAUGGAACCCAAUGUUGUCACUUACAACGUGAUGUUAAACGGGAUUUGUAGAAGAGCCAGUUUGCAUCCAGAUGAAAGGUUUGAUAGAACAAUAAGGAAUGCCGAGAAACUGUUCGAUGAAAUGCGCCAACGAGGGAUCGAACCUGACGUGACCAGCUUUUCAAUCGUGUUACAUGUAUACAGCAGAGCACAUAAGCCUGAGUUAACGCUUGAUAAGUUAAAGUAUAUGAAGGAGAAAGGUAUUUGCCCUAGUGUGGUUACUUAUACUUCAGUUAUCAAGUGUCUUUGCUCCUGUGGGAGACUCGAAGAGGCGGAGAAGGUGCUUGGUGAGAUGGUGAGUAAUGGGAUUAGCCCUACGGCUGCAACUUAUAAUUGUUUCUUUAAGGAGUAUAGAGGGAGAAAGGAUGUCAAUGGUGCUUUGAAUUUGUAUAGGAAGAUGAAGGAAGACAAAUUAUGUGAUUUGAGUUUGCAUACAUAUAAUAUCUUACUAGGGAUGUUCAUGAAGCUGGAUCGAAUCGACGUCGUUAAGGAAAUAUGGAAUGAUGUUAAAGGAAGUACACCAGGGCCUGAUUUAGAUUCUUAUACAUUGUUGGUUAAUGGGUUUUGUGAGAAGGAAAAAUGGAUAGAUGCAUGCCAACUGUUCGUGGAAAUGAUUGAGAAGGGUUUACUUCCUCAAAAAGUAACAUUUGAGACAUUGUAUAAGGGUUUAAUACAGUCUAAUAUGUUGAGGACUUGGAGAAGGAUAAAGAAGAAACUUGAUGAAGAAUCAAUAACUUUUGGUUCUGAAUUUCAGGAUUAUCAUUUUAAGCCAUACAGGAGGUAAACUUCACCCUUUGCUUUGCCCAGUUAUAUUAUAAGCUUCACAAAUGUCACUAAUUUCAUACUAAGAAGAUUGAAUCAUUAGUUUUUGACAUUCA